AUUUUUGGUAAAUGAACACAGCUACUAAAAAGGAAAAAAUCUUUUUCUCGGAGAAAAACAUAGUUAUCAUUGAAGAAAUCAAAGGCAAUUUGGCCAUGCUUGGAAGUCCCUCAAAAUAUAAAACUAAUCCAAGAUUGGGCAUGCACAGUGACAAGAGUAGCAGCUCCACUUUAGACACUACAUUUAAGACCACUGACAUUGGCUCAAGAGAACACAAGAAAAGUAAAAUAUCAAGCACUAGUGGUGUCUUUAAUACUAAAACAAAUAAGACCAGUAAAAUAUCACUUCACAAACCAUCACUAAAGAAAGAUAGAAGCCCCAUUGAGAGCAAAUUGACCAAACCUACAGAAUCAUGGAAAAAUAAGAUGAGCAGCAGGAGCCACAUAAAGAAGAAAGGAUAUCACACCAACUCAAGUGUUUCUAAGAAUCAGUUGGGUAAAAGAAAAUUGCAGCUUUUAAAAUAUCAGAACAAAUACAUUCCCAAGACACCUGUUUGAGCUAAUAGCAGAAAGAAAUUGUUUAAUAAUACAACGAAUACAAAAGCAAACCUAAGCAAGAACAGUUUUAAACUUUCAAGACCUAAGAAGAGCAUGUCUCCUAUGAAGACUUCGAUUAAUCUUUGUGGGAAAGAAGUUCUUUCGAACAAGCUUAUUCAAAUAAAAGAAAUCUUUGAUAAGUUCCGCACAAGAGCUGAAUCAGAAAGUCGCAUCCAUAAAAACUUGAAGACUAUUGAAGAAGCUAGCCCUCAGCCACAAACAAAUAGUAAGUAUCUACUUCUGGGACUAGGAAUGCUCAAAAGUACUCUCUGUCUUGCUGUUAAAAGGGAGCUUAGAGACUGCUUCAUAGACCUAAAGAGCUCAGACAGCUAAAAAAUCCACUUUGUGUUUUUCAUUUUGCUAAGAAAUAUUCA